GGGGCGGGCUGGGGCACUACGGGAAGGGCUUCGUGCUGUGCGAGCCGGUGUAGGAGGUGACGGAGAGCCGAGGUGGGUCGUCCUCGUCACGGGUACUUCCACAUUACGGUGCGAUUCUUACAUGGCUCACAAUUCGAGAACAUCUAAGUUACAUGUUUGUCAGAAAACCCGUGUACGCAGCCUAUCAAACAGCGAAGGCAAGAUGGCGCUGGAGUCGAAGGGCCUAGACAUGGCUGUCGUGGAGAUGGCCAUGUUCACCGUGCUUGAAGAUGACGUUCUCGCCUACCAAGUUACAAUUCGGCUUGGGUGCAAAAUUGCCUGGCCGAUCUACUCGGAUAUAUCGCUCUCAAACUUCGAAUCCGCUCUCGCUAAUCUCCGCAAACUGCUCGAUUUCUCGGCGGCCUCCUGCGCGCAGUCCAGAAUACGCCUGCUAUUCGCUCGCACAGCGGGCAUAUUUCGACAUGUCACUUCGGGAUCCUGUUUCCGAGGAGCUCGAGGGCAACCCUUCCGUUGUCGGAGAGAAAGCGUGCGCGUCGACGACCAACACACACAACACGAUCUCCUGGAGCAGGCGUUUGGGGCGAGUCGAGAUACGGGCGAUCGGGCUGGGGACUGGACGACGGGCGAGGAUCUGUGUAGAGUAAUGGGGCCGCGCGGAAUAUAAACGAAUACUUAUCUUA